AUGUGCACCAACACGUCUGUGGUGACUGAAUUCAUUCUUGCAGGCUUCUCCCACCUGGCCAGCCUGCAGGGCUUGCUCUUCUCGCUCUUCCUCACCAUCUACCUGCUCACUGUGGCAGGCAACCUCCUCACUGUGGUGCUGGUCUCAGCUGAUUCUGCCCUCUGGUCCCCUAUGUACUUCUUCCUUCGAAUCCUCUCAGCCCUGGAGAUUGGCUGCAUGUCUGUCACUGUCCCCCUGCUGCUUCACCACCUCCUCACUGGUCAGCGCCACAUCCCUCGCUCUGGCUGUGCACUGCAGAUGUUCUUCUUUCUCUUUUUUGGUGCCACGGAGUGUUGCCUCUUGGCAGCCAUGGUUGACCGCUACGCCACCAUCUGCAAACCCCUUUCCUGCCCGCUUCUGCUGAGCCAUCGGAUUUGCCUACAGCUAGCGUGGGCCUGUGGAGCAACGGUGGGCCUGAGCCACACCUCCUUCAUCUUCUCCUUGCCCUUCUGUGGCCCCAAUGCUAUUCCACACUUCUGUGAGACCCAGCCCAUGCUGCAGCUGAUAUGUGGAGUCAUCUCACUCAAGGAACUACAGAUUAUCCUGGCUGCUGCCCUCAUCAUCCUCUGCCCCUUUGGCCUCAUCCUGGGCUCCUAUGGGAGUAUCUUGGCUACUAUCUUCCGGAUCCCAUCUGCUGUUGGCCGUCGCAAGGCCUUCUCCACCUGCUCCUCCCACCUGGUCGUGGUCUCCCUCUUCUAUAGCACUGCCAUCUUUAUCUACAUCCAUCCUAAGGCCAGCUACGAUCCAGCCACUGACCCUCUGCUUUCUCUCUUCUAUGCUGUAGUCACCCCCAUCCUCAAUCCCAUCAUCUAUAGCCUGAGGAACACUGAUGUCAAGGCUGCCCUAAAGAGAACCGUCCAGAAAAUAAGGGCUGCAGAGGUUUGA